AUGGAGUACACAGUAAGCGAGAAAGCCUUCUCAAAUAGAGAUGUCUACAUUGGAAAUUUUAAGGGAAUUCUGCCUCAUGGUAAUGGUAACUACACAUGGUCUGAUGGAACAGCCUAUGAGGGUGAUUGGGAAGAAGGAAAAAUGACAGGCAAAGGGAAGCUAAUUUGGACAUCGGGAGCGCAAUAUUCAGGGUUCGUGGAGGAUGAAUAUUCAGCAUGGGAUGGGAAAAAAACAGUAUUGUAA